UCUCUCUCUCACCCCAUCCAAUUUUGACCCCGCUCUCCCGCAGCAUCCCCGACCACAGAUCCCCUCCCAUCCACCCGCAGCCCCAUCCCCUCCCAUUCUGGAUAUUGUCAUAUGUGUAAAUUGAAAUUUUGUUUGAAUUUGUUUAUUAGUUUUUCUUCCCAACUUAUUCUGGACCGUUAGAUUAAAACAUUGAAAUCCAGCCGUCCAAGUUUGAUAUACUGAUACUUCAAAGCCCACCCCUGAAAUUCCCAUUGGAUCCCAUUGAUUUUGGGAAUUCAGGAGCAACCCAAUUGAGGAUUUCAGGAAAUGGGGGGUGGGAAUGUGGUGUGUUCAGCGUUUAAAUUCCAAUCGGGGCAGAUGAUAGUGGUGGCUCUGCUAUUGAUGGUCGGGUGCUUCUAUGCCGGAACUCUCUUUGGAAAUAAUGCUCCAAUUUAUGCAUCUCAACUUAGCAUCAGUUCUUCUUCAUCUCCUGGUACUUCGACAUUUACAAAUAAAGUUGCUCUUACUUACAGAAAAACACCACUUUUGAUCCCAGAGACUGGUAUGGAUGUAUGCCCAUUGACUUAUAAUGAGUAUAUCCCUUGCCACGAUGUUUCUUAUGUAAAAACUUUGCUUCCAAACUUGGACACUAGUAGAAAAGAAGAACUGGAGAGGCACUGCCCUCCAAUUGAAAAGCGCUUGUUCUGCUUGGUUCCUCCAUCAAGAGAUUAUAAGAUACCAAUAAGAUGGCCUACCAGCAGGGACUAUGUGUGGCGAAGCAAUGUGAAUCAUACACAUCUUGCUGAAGUCAAAGGAGGACAAAAUUGGGUGCAUGAAAAGGAUCAACUCUGGUGGUUCCCUGGUGGUGGUACGCAUUUUAAACAUGGCGCAGCUGAGUACAUUCAAAGAUUGGGAGAUAUGAUUACAAAUGGAACAGGUGAUCUAUGUUCUGCAGGGGUCACUCAAGUUUUGGAUGUCGGUUGUGGGGUUGCCAGCUUUUCUGCUUUUCUUCUUCCCUUGGGUAUACAAACAAUGUCCUUUGCUCCAAAGGAUGGCCAUGAGAAUCAAAUUCAAUUUGCUCUAGAGCGAGGCAUUGGUGCAAUGAUUUCUGCUAUAGCAACAAAACAAAUGCCAUAUCCCACUGGCUCUUUUCAGAUGGUUCAUUGUUCUCGGUGUCGAGUUGAUUGGCAUGAAAAUGAUGGCAUUUUACUAAAAGAAAUGAAUCGCCUUUUGCGAUAUAAUGGAUACUUUGUCUAUUCAGCUCCACCUGCUUAUAAAACGACUAAAAACUAUCCAUUAAUUUGGGAGAAGCUAAUGAAUCUGACUUCAGCAAUGUGCUGGAAACUCAUUGCUCGUAAAGUUCAGACUGCAGUCUGGAUUAAACAAGAUGAUCUGUCAUGCCUCCAGCACAACUCUGAAAAGAAGCUUAUAAAUUUAUGUGAUGCUGUGGAUGAUUCCAAGUCAUCAUGGAGUACACCACUGAAGAAUUGUAUACAAGUAAGGGGUGCACAAACAGAUUCUCCAAAACUCUCUUCUAGAUCUGAGCGCCUUUCGAUAUACACUGAGAGUCUUAGCAGAAUAGGUGUUACUCAAGAGGAAUUUACUUCAGAGACCAUCUUUUGGCAAGAUCAAGUUCGACAUUACUGGAGGUUGCUGAAUGUCAGUAAGACAGAAAUCCGAAAUGUCAUGGACAUGAAUGCUUUUUGUGGUGGAUUUGCUGUGGCCUUAAAUGCUUCGCCUACGUGGGUGAUGAAUAUAGUUCCUUCAAGCAUGAAGAAUACCUUGUCUGCCAUUUAUAAUCGUGGUCUGAUUGGUGCUUUCCAUGAUUGGUGCGAACCAUUUUCCACUUAUCCACGCACCUAUGAUCUGUUACAUGCCAACCAUCUCUUCCCCCAUUACAAGAACCGCGGAGAAGGUUGCUUAUUGGAGGAUAUCCUUUUGGAGAUGGACAGGAUAAUAAGACCCCAGGGAUUUAUUGUCAUUAGAGACGAUGAAACCAUUACAUCAAGGAUCCAGGAUCUUGCUCCAAAAUUUUUGUGGGAGGUUGAAUCACAUUUGCUGGAAAACAAAGAGAAGAAGACAGAAACUGUGUUAAUUUGUAGGAAGAAGUUUUGGGCAAUCGUCUGAACUGUACCAGCAUACAGAGCUUUGCGAAUAUAAGUUGCAGGCUUGUACCAUGAUACAUGUACUCCUGUAUCUUUGUAUGAUUAAUGACCUGGUAGAAUGAAAUCAGGUCUUUAGUAGAAUGUAUUCCUUGCUAGCUUACCAUGUCAUGUCCUGAUGUAAUGUGUACAGCACAGUAUAACUAGUGAACAAUUUUUCCCAGUCUAACUUGCACUUUUAUUCUUUA